CUGAAAUCUGUCUCCAUAUUUCAGGAAGCUCAUUUGCAGAUCAUAAAGAAAAGAAAAAAGGAAAAAUACAGAAUGGAGGAGAAAUCGUGAAAGCCGAAGCAGCGCACCACCUGUGCUUUAUAGGCAUCUCACAGUUUCUCAUUCUCCGCUGCCAUGGGCUCUGAUCCCAAUAUCCCAAAACCCUAAGUGAACGUUAGUGAUUCAGUAUCAUUGUAGUCAUUAUUACAUCGAAUUCAUCGAUCCUUUUGUUAAAUUACGACCGUGUGAAGUGAUCGGAUUCCAGACGUGCGGAGAUGCAGGGGCUGAGUCCACCCAAGCACCGCCACGAUGGGACUUCACCGUUGCCGCUGGGAAUGGAUUGGAGCCCCCCGCCUCGAAUUUGGGUGGGGAGAGAAAGUGUUUGGCCUCAUGAUCCUCGGACAGGAUGGAGUUACUGCAUCACUAUACCUUCAUGGAUUGUACUUGCAAAGUCAAGAGAUUUGGACCCAACCGUGUUUUACAGGGUCCAGGUUGGAAUACAAUCACCAGAAGGUAUUACGACCACAAGAAUGGUGUUGAGGAGAUUCAAUGAUUUCCUGAAAUUACAUGUUGCUCUCAAACGAGCCUUUCCUCGGAAAAGCAUUCCACCAACUCCUCCAAAAGGGCUCUUGCAGAUGAAAACAAGGGCAAUGCUGGAAGCGAGAAGGAGUUCUUUGGAGGAAUGGAUGGCAAACUUGCUUUCAGAUAUUGAUUUAUCAAGAAGCAUUGUUGUUGCAUCCUUUCUUGAACUGGAAGCUGCUGCUAGGUCAUCAUUUCAAGAAGAGGGCCUGCAGAGUCCCGAUUCAUAUGUUUCUGUAACUACUACAGACCUGUCUCAUCAUAUGCAUCCAAAUUCAUGCACGUUGGCAGCGGGUAGUUCGUCAGUGGCAUCAGAUUAUGGCAGUGAUACAGCUUAUGAGAUAUCUGAUAUUGGUUCUCCUAGCCUUGGAAGGGAUAACAACUCGGAAGUUGGGACUGAGGAUCUGUCAUUUUAUGAUGAUGCAACAAGUCCAGUAGAUAAAUUUGUCAAGUAUGGCAUGUCAAAUAUUGACGAUGGCUUGUCGAUGGGGCAUGCUAUUCUAGAGAAGCUUGAGAAUUUUCCUAAACAUAAAGCGCAUGCCAGAGAAAAUCAUAACUCAGAGCAGAACAUGAGUAAUGGAAGUUUUUUGAAAGCCUCUCAUCAUGCAGAAGAUAUGUCAGAGCAUGGGGCUGAGCGUAGUUCAUUGGCUCAUGAUGGUCAAAAGUUGUCAAAUGAGAGCAUUGGAAGUGACAGGAGCACUUUAAGAGGCAGCGAGUCAUCAAGUUUAGUAAAUCCAAAUGGGCACAGGCCUUUUGAUUUUGGGAGUGAGGGUGAGGUUGGACGAACCAGUGGAAAUGUUGGAGACUCUGAUUAUCAUCUCCCAGAUGAUAUACACCUGUUGGUCCCAGUGGAUCAGCGUCAGAAGAUGAAUAGGGUACUUAUGACAAUGCAGCAGAGGUUGAUUACAGCUAAAACUGAUAUGGAAGAUCUUAUAUCAAGGUUGAAUCAAGAAAUUGCCGGGAAGGACUAUCUUGCAACAAAGGUGAAGGAUUUGGAAGUGGAGCUUGAAAUUACUAAACAAAAAAGCAAAGGAAAUCUUGAGCAGGCUAUACUAAUUGAAAGAGAGAGAGUUACUCAAAUGCAGUGGGAUAUGGAAGAACUUAGGCAGAGGUCUAUGGAACUAGAAUCGAAGUUGUAUUCUCAACAGGAUCAGAGGCCAGAUGCUCAGCCUUAUGUUUCACCAGGCAAUCAGCCGAUGGAUGCGUUGUGUCAGGAGUUGGACUCUGCAAAACAGCAAUUUGAGGACUUGUUGAAGCGACAUCAGGCGCUGGAAGUGAAAUCCAAAGCUGAUAUCAAAGUUCUUGUUAAGGAAGUAAGAUCUCUAAGAAGCUCCCAAUCAGAAUUAACGCAACAGCUGAAGCAGUCUCUCAGACAAAAAUCUGAAAUGGAGGAACUUCUACAGGAAGAAAGAGAGAGAAAUGAGCAGGUGAGAAGCUCUUGGAGGAAGUUGCUAGAUAGAUGCAAGAUUCUCCAAGAUCAGCUUCAGGAGUGCAAUAUCGACAAUUUAACACACACAAAAGGGGACACAGCUGACAGUCUUCCGUCAUUACUGGAGCAGUUCGAUUUUGUUAGCACAUCUGAAAAUCAGAUAGACCUUCUCAUCGCCGAGUUUGAGCAGUUAGCCGAGGAUGGUGAUAAUCACACAACUUCCAUUGAUGAGGAGUCGAGGCAGACACUAACGAGUCUCCUAGCCAAUAAUGGCGCGUUGAGAAAGCAGGUGAACUCCCUUAUAGUUAACAGUCUCAAAUCAAAGGUGAAAGGUGAAAUGUCAGAUGUAAAUGUAGGAAGUGAGAUCUAACAUAGCAGCAGCAGCAGCAGCUAACUCGUCGACAUAUAUGUAAAUUCAGUCGGGCCGUGUACCAUACCUCAUACCACAAUUGCGAAUAAUAUGUAGAGUUCGUUUUACGAGCAAGAACACGUCCGUGUCAAUUUUUUUGGUCCCUCUCCGUGCUGUAUGUAACAAUGUACAUAUAUAUUGAAGUCCGAUUUGUAUCCAUUGUUGCAUAGUUCAGAGUUGAGAAAAGCUUGUUGAAUUUUGUUGGUUUAUUGAUUUUGUAUCCUAAAAUUGUGAGAAUCAUAGACUUACCAAGUCUCGUCUUUUUUCAAGACGACAUUUAAUU